ACUGCGCUGCCGCACACAGCUGCAGAAGCUACCCGAGCCCCUAGCAACACAUUACCAUACCGUGCAAUGGCCAACAAGUAGUGUGCACGGGUUUAGAUGGUCAACCCAUGUAGUCUUCUCUGAGGGAUUAUCUGUUUGUUUUUUUUCCUGGAGGUGUGAUAUCGCAGCCAUGGUGUGCUGUCAGACUCCCAGAAGUUUACGCGGAGGCGACCGGGGCUUCGCUCCUCUGGCGGCUGCCGCGCUGCUCAGCCUUCUGUUCGCAGGGAUGCAACAAGCCACCGCGUUUCCCUCCUGGAGGUUAGAGGAAGAAGCUUACACCACUGCGUUGCUCAUCGGGAUCCGCAAAGAGGCCCGGACACACGUGCUACACGUCUCCAGGAACAAGCGCUACACCCUCACCCCGGAGCAGCUCAAAUGGGACAAGUUCAAGCUGACAUACAAGUUGCUCUCCUACCCCACAAACUUGAUAAAUGCCAGCGACACGCGUCGUGGCAUUGCCAAGGCUUUUGGCAUGUGGAGCGACGUCUCGCCGUUCACCUUCAGAGAGGUGCCAGCGGACCAAGAAGCGGACAUAAAGAUCGGUUUCUACCCCGUCAACCACACAGACUGUCUGCAGUCGUACUUGCACCACUGUUUCGACGGCAUCACAGGAGAAUUGGCUCACGCGUUCUUCCCGCCAACUGGCGAAAUCCACUUCGACGACCAUGAGUACUGGAUUCUGGGAAACAUGCGCUUUAGCUGGAAGAAAGGGGUUUGGCUGACAGAUCUCGUCCAUGUGGCGACUCAUGAAAUCGGCCACGUCCUGGGACUCAUGCACUCCAUGAACCCGAAAGCUAUAAUGCACCUGAAUGCAACUCUGACAGGGCGGAAGCUGAUCACGCAGGACGAGGUGUGGGGUUUGCACCGUCUCUACGGAUGUUUGGACCGGUUAUUCAUCUGCCCGGCCUGGGCUCGGAAAGGCUAUUGCGACAGCAAGCGUAAGCUGAUGCAGAAGCACUGCCCCUCCAGCUGUGAUUUCUGUUCCGAGUUCCCUUUCCCCACCGUGGCUCCCACCCCGACACCCCCGAGGACCAAGCACAAGCUGGUCGUCGAGGGCAAGAAGCUCACCUUUCGAUGCGGGAAAAAAAUAGCAUCGAAGAAAGGCAAAGUAUACUGGUACAAAGACGGGGAGCUGCUGGAGUACUCUCACCCGAACUACAUCUCCUUGAAAGAUGACCACAUCACCAUAGUGGCCAACGCCAUCAACGAAGGCACAUACACCUGCAUUGUGAAGAAAAAAGACAAAGUUCUCACAAACUACUCGUGGAGAGUACGUGUGCGCUUCUGAAGGCCACGCCGGCGCCAACUCCUCUGCACACUGAACAGGACGCAUUCACAAACACGGUCACAAGGAGACCUCACUCACUAGGGCACAUAUUUCUGUUUUUUUUUAAUACUGUCUUUCCUGUAUCUUCCAACAGACAACUGUCUAUUGUUGACUGUCGUUGUUUUAAGGCGUUUGAAUAUGUGCAAAUAAUAAAUGUUCCGUGACAAGUACAAUUCUAGUGAAAAUA